UAUAUAAAUCUCUUAUAAAUGUGAAAGUUAUAUCUCGUCGAUUUGCAAGAUUAUAUGUUCCAUUGUUACCAAAACUGACCUUUCAAAAUAUUUUAUCAAUAAUAGCAAGAAUCAAAUCGUUAAACUAAAAUACAAAAAAAAAAAUAAUAAUAAUAAUUAAACUCCAAUUCAACAAACCAAUAAUAAGCCAUUUUAUUGUCCUUUUGUGUUGUGAGCUUCACCUUUUCUCUAACGGAUCCUUUCUUCAACUCCCCGUUUCAAUUUUCAGGUGACGGCCCCAUCGGAAACUUCGCCGGAGAUGGAUCCCAGAAUCUGGAACACGCUGCCGGAGGACAUCCUCUAUCGCAUCCUCUCCGUUGCAUCUCUCGAAACCCUCUUAAUUCUCCGAUCCACAUGCAAACGCUUCAAUUCCCUCUUCCUCUCCCCUGCCUUCCUCUCCAAUUACAAAUCCUCCCAACCUUCACCCUCUUUCCUCCUCCUCUCCCACCCGCACUUCGGCCGCAACCGCUUCGCCGUCUACGACACCCUCCGCCGCCGAUGGCGCAACCGCUCUUUACCCAUCUCCGCUUUCCUCCCCAGAUACAUUGCUUCAUCCACCCUCCUCGCCUCCUCUAAAGGCAUCCUCUGUUUUUCCCUCCCUGCCUCCCCUGUUUCAUUCCUCGUCUGCAAUUUCUUGACCAAAUCUACAAGGAUCAUCAAAUUCCCAAAUCAUCCUUUCCCGAUUGACUCCCUAACCUUAGUAGUCCCCACCCGCUCUUCCGGUGGCUACAAAAUUUUCGCCCUCUGCCCCAGCAUCUCGUUCCGACAGGGAUUCGUCUACGACUCUGCCUCCCGUCGUUGGCACCAAUUCGACGACAUUACCCCUAAUAUUAAAACCAAUACCCGCCAGGAAGGAGUAAUUCACGGUGAUUCCCUCUACUUUUACACCGUGGAGCCGUACUCGAUCGUUGGGUACGACUUGGAGCAGAGGAGGUGGAACAGAGCAUUGAGCGUCGGGGAACUCAUCGCCGGCGGCAGUCGGGUUUCGUUUGUGAGGUUGGUGGGCGACGCCGGCGAGCAGAAGAUGUACUUGAUCUGCGGAAUUGCGAUGGGGUAUGGGACGGUGAGUGAGGUGAAGGUGUGGGAACUGGACGAUGCGGGGAGGAAAUGGGUGGAACAGGGGAGCAUGCCGGCGGAGAUGUGCCGGAAAUUCGCGGCGGUUUGUUAUCACAAUUACCAGCAUUUGUAUUGUCUGUGGCAUGGAGGGAUGAUUUGCCUGUGUUGCAAUACUUGGCCGGAGGUGUUGUGGUUCGACGUCGCGGCGAGGGAGUGGGGGUGGCUGCCCAAGUGCCCUCUGCUGCCGGAGAAGGGGAAUUUUGGGUUCAAUUGGUUUUCUGUUGUUCCGGAUUUGAAUACCUUGGUUUGAGUGUUAUCCUUUUUUUCUAUGGUUUUCACUCAUCUGCAUGAUUAUAUGUAAGAGAGAAGAAGAAAGGAUUUAGGACUAUGUAAGAAGGUAUCUUUUGUAUAUACUUGCAUUGACAAAAUCGAAAUGAAAGGAAGACAAUUCAUCGUAUUUUUAGGAAUAUUUGUAUGUAUUCAAAUAUGCAUCUCAAAAUUAGUAUACGAAAAUCUUCCGAACUCUUAUUGCUUUUCGAUUUUACCAAUCCAAGACCAAAACCUCUAGUUUCGUUUAUCGGGCGGCUGUCAUGUUUGCCGUCACUCUAUCUAUGUUGAUAAUGAUUGUUCUCCUUGCUUGCCAUGAAGUGGUCUUCAUGUACAAAAGUCAAGGAUCAUCUCCAUCCACGUUUUAGAAUCAUAGAUCUUGAUAAUCUCAAGUAGUUUUUUUUGGGAUCGAAGUCUCGAAAAAUCGAAAAGAUGUUGUCUUGGAUAUUCUCUAACACGCAUGAGUUACUGCUACAGGUGUCCCUCCUCUUACUACAUAUAGCAAAGUCACCACCUGACCGCCUUGGAAGAGGAGCAUCGAAGCCAAACUCAUAUCAACGUUUGAUCGGUCAUCUUCUUUCCUUAGUAAUGACUCCUCAUAACAUUUACUUAUUCGAGUCUCACAUAAUCAAACAACUUUAAUCAAGCCUUAAACAUAAUAAGUGCACCUAUUUAGUUAAUGUUUUAUGAACCCAACAUACAUAAUUAUUAGCCCAAGCUAUUACCCCACUUCUUUUUCCCACAUAAACUUUUACCCUACUUUCCUAAAGACAAUUUGUCGAGUUCAUGGCAAUCAAGGAACAUUAAACAAAUGAAUCCAACACAUAUAUUGGUCUCUCUCUAAACAUCUUCAUUCACAAAUUACAAUAAACAAUCAUGGAUUUGCUCCCUAAUCUCAUAAUCAAUCCUUCUACCUUUCACCCAUUAGUGCCUACCACUAUCCCAAUUUGACCUUGACAAAACUUUGGCCGGGGGAAAUGCCGAGACACGAUGGAGCAUCCAAAGGCUUUAAUUAUUCAUAGUUUUUUGCUCUGUUCUCAAGUGCUGUUUGGUACCACGGAUGAAAAAGAAAAGAGGGAGAGAAAAUGUGUGCACUUUCUCGGGAAAAUAUGGGUGGGAAAAUCAGGACCCCUCCCUCCACUUUCCAUGACAAUGUUGAAAGGAUCGAUGGCAUAACACUGUAUCGUGUUUGUAUGGUCAAAUUUCCAUUCGAGUUUCCCUCUGUUUGUGUGAUUCGUCACUUCUUUCUUUCAUAGGUUGAAAAGCAACUAACUAUGCACCAUUUUGGGUUUAGCAAAGUCCUCAAUCAUCAUCUCCAUUACUCUACUCAUAUCAUGUCAGCUAUAGGAUCUAUAGAUGAUGGAUGAAGUUGCACUACUAUAGCUGCAAUUGCUAUAGGUCAACAAUGGUAACUCGGAUUCAUCUCGAGUUUGGAGUGGUUCUGGUGGUGGGAUUCGAUGCAGUUGUGCUGUUAUUGAUUGUACCCGAGAUUUAUUAGAAUUAGUUAUCGGUUUGAUCAUAAUGUGGUUGAGAUGUUCAUAAAGUUCGAACGAUCGAUAUAUAAAGAGGUGGAUCUAUUCAUAAGAAGACAACUAGGCAAGUUGUCUCAUGCGUGGAUGGACUUUAUAACCAUACACAACGUAGUGUUAUUUCACCUAGCUAUUUGCACACUUAUUAGGUCGAUCAUUUUGCAAUAAAGGUUGAUUGAAACAUAUAUAUCCAUGCAAGGAUGAAAUUGAUGAUCAAACUAAACUUGUCCGAAACAACAUGAAGAAGAUGUGAUGUCACAAUGAGCAAUUAUGAUACUCAACUCUUGAGAUACUAUAAUUGUGCUAAUUGCUAAAUACUUGCUUGAUAUCGAAUUUCCGUUCUUUCGAGGAUAAAAUGCUUUAACAACGCGAUAACAAAGAUAAUUAUGUGAU